UGUUUGUUUUGACUUUUUUGGCUGAUGCAGUUCGUUCCGCGAUUUGCAUCUUGCAUGGUGCGUGGCAGUGUUUGAAACGCGAGUGUCCUUCAAGUGAAACGGAAAACUCCCUCCAGCAAGAGCGCUUCCACACAUACGAUCGUCGAUUCCAAACCAGGAACUAUCUGACGCGCCCUAAAGAUGCCGACCGUCGGAGUGAAACGCGAUCUGCUGUUCAAGGCUCUCGGAAAAACGUACACCGAUGAUGAGUUCCAGAAGCUGUGCUUCGAGUAUGGGCUGGAACUGGAUGAGGUCACCACCGAGAAGCAGAUGAUAACGAAGGAGCAGGGCGAGGUGGAAGCGGCGAAGGAUGCCUCGGAGGAAGUUAUCUACCGGAUCGACAUUCCGGCCAAUCGGUACGAUUUGCUGUGCCUGGAGGGACUGGUGCUCGGACUGCAGGUGUUCCUGGGAAAAAUACCUUUCCCAAAGUUCACGAAAGUGGACCCGAUCGGAGGCUCGGCGCAGAAGAUGGUGAUCACGGCAGCUACCAAGCAGAUUCGUCCCUUCGCCGUGGCGGCCGUCCUGAGGGAUGUCACCUUUACGAAGGAUUCGUAUAACAGUUUCAUCGAUCUGCAGGAUAAGUUGCACCAGAAUAUUUGCCGUAAGCGGGCGUUGGUUGCGAUCGGAACUCACGAUCUGGACACUUUGAAGGGGCCUUUCACUUUCGAUGCCAAGCCUCCGAAGGAGAUCAAUUUCAUUCCGUUGAACCAGGAGAAGGCCAUGACCGCGGAAGAGCUGAUGGAGUUCUAUUCGACUCAUGCCCAAUUAAAGGCCUAUCUGCCAAUUAUUCGCGACUCGCCGGUUUAUCCGGUCAUCUACGAUUCGAACGGAGUGGUUCUGUCCCUGCCGCCGAUCAUCAACGGCGACCACUCGAAGAUCAAGCUGGAGACGAAGAACAUCUUCAUCGAGUGUACGGCGACCGAUUUGACCAAGGCUAAGAUCGUCCUGGAUACUUUGGUUUGCAUGUUUUCCGCCCAUUGCGCGAAGCCAUUCACGGUGGAAGCUUGCGACGUGAUCAACCCGAGUGGGGAGACGGUCCAGUAUCCGGAGCUGGCCUUCCGUAAGGAGAUCGUUUCCGCUGAGAAGGUCAACGCCUUGAUCGGGAUCAAGGAAAGCCCGGAGUCGAUGGCCAAGAUGUUGAAUCGGUUGCUUCCGACCAGUCAGAGCGCCGCGAACAAGGACCAACUGGAGGUUCUGAUCCCCCCAACGCGGCACGAUAUGCUCCACGCCUGCGACAUCUACGAGGAUGUGGCCAUCGCCUACGGAUACAAUCGCAUCCCGAAGACACUCCCAGGAACCAUGCACAUCGCCCGGCAGUAUCCCUUGAACAAGCUGACCGAACAACUCCGAGAGCAAAUCGCCCAAGCCGGAUUCACCGAAGGGCUGACCUUUACGCUCUGCUCCCGGGACGACAUCGCCAGCAAGCUGAACCAGAAGAUCGAGGACAUCCCGGCGGUGCACAUUGCCAACCCGAAGACCCUGGAAUUCCAAGUCGUGCGGACCACGUUAAUCCCCGGACUGCUGAAGACGUUGGCCGCCAACCGGAAGAUGCCCCUGCCGUUGAAGUUGUUCGAAGUUUCCGACGUGGUCCUGGCCGUUCCCGGCACGGAAGUUGGCGCCCGCAAUCAGCGACGAGUUUGCGCCGUGAACUGCAACAAAACGGCCGGAUUCGAGGUGGUCCAUGGGCUGCUGGAUCGCGUGAUGCAACUGCUGGAAGUGCCCUGGGAUAAGGAGAAUGGGUACUACCUGAAGGCGGUGGAUGAUGCGGCCUAUUUCCCCGGUCGGUGCGCUUCCAUCGUCUAUAAGGGGGCGGACAUUGGCCGGAUUGGGGUCCUGCAUCCGACAGUGCUGCACGCGUUCGAAAUUACCACGCCCUGUUCGGUGGUCGAGUUCGAUAUGGAACUGUUCGUUUGAGACCGGGGUCGUCGGAACUUUGAAAGCGAUCGGAAAUUUGAAAUUUUAAAUAUCUUUGAGUCCAGUGGAGAAAAGUGAUAAUAAAAUUAACUCUUGAAACAAGA